CCUUGACUUCUGGGAUUGUUAUAGACAUGUCUGAUGAUGUGGUAGAAGCCAUCAGUGAAGUAAAUGGAGAAGUUUCUCAAGAGCUCCAAGAGAAGAAACUUUCGUGGAAAAAGCUGCCUCGAUAUGACUCUUUGGACAUCGAGUCCCGCCACUUUCCUGGUUCUCAAAACGGCCAUGCCUCAAAGGGUGUAAAAUGGUCAGUGAUCUUGCAGCUAGCAUUCCAAAGUAUUGGAGUGGUGUAUGGGGACAUUGGUACCUCACCACUGUACGUAUAUUCCAGCACUUUCCCCAAUGGUAUCAACCACAAAGACGACAUCCUGGGUGUACUUUCUUUGAUCUUCUAUACCCUCACGUUAAUUCCUCUCCUCAAGUAUAUCUUGAUUGUCUUGCGGGCCAAUGAUAAUGGCGAGGGAGGAACUUUUGCCAUAUACUCUCUCAUAUGCCGGUAUGCGAAUGUGAGUUUGAUCCCUAAUCAACAGGCUGAGGACUGUGACGUGUCAAAUUACAAGCUGGAGGUUCAAAACAAUCGUUUGCGGAGGGCAACGUGGCUCAAGUCAAAGCUAGAGAAGAGCAAGUUUGCCAAGGUUCUCCUAUUGUUAGUCUCAAUGCUUGGAACUUCGAUGGUGAUUGGAGAUGGUGUUCUUACACCUUGCAUUUCAGUUCUAUCAGCUGUUGGAGGGAUCAAGGAAAAAGCCCCAUCAGCGAUGACAGAAGACAGGAUUGUUUGGAUAUCAGCAGCUAUAUUGGUGCUCCUGUUCAUGGCUCAGAGAUUUGGAACUGACAAAGUAGGAUACAGUUUUGCCCCAAUAAUUUGCAUUUGGUUUGCACUCAUUGGUGGCAUUGGCCUUUACAAUUUCAUCAAAUUUGACCCAAAUGUUUAUAAAGCCAUAAACCCAAAGUACAUCGUAGAUUACUUUCGGAGGAACAAAAAAAACGCUUGGAUUUCCCUUGGUGGUGUUGUCCUCGCCAUAACAGGGACUGAGGCAUUAUUUGCUGAUCUUGGCCACUUCACGGUUCGGUCAAUCCAGAUAAGCAUGUGCUGUGUGGCUUAUCCGGCUCUCUUAUUGGCCUACACUGGACAAGCUUCCUUCCUUCGCAACAACAUGGAUCUUGUCUCAGAUACAUUUUUCAAGUCCACGCCAGGAUCUUUAUUUUGGCCAAUGUUUGUGGUGGCCGUAUUGGCAUCAAUCAUAGCAAGUCAAGCCAUGAUUUCAGGGACUUUCUCAGUAAUCCAACAAUCCCUCUCACUGGGGUGUUUCCCUCGGGUGAAAGUAGUGCAUACAUCCGCUAAGUAUGAAGGACAAGUUUAUGUACCCGAAGUCAAUUACCUUCUUAUGCUGGCUUGUGUUGCAGUCACUUUGAGUUUUAGGACAACUACUAAGAUCGGCAAUGCAUAUGGGAUAGCUGUGGUUUUUGUAAUGACUCUCACGUCAACCUUCCUAGUAUUAGUGAUGAUAAUGAUAUGGAAAUCCCACAUACUUCUCAUUAUUUCCUACAUUCUCAUCAUCGGCAGUGUAGAGCUUCUCUAUCUAAGUUCAACCCUCUACAAAUUUAACCAAGGAGGAUAUCUUCCCCUAGCCUUUGCAGCAAUCCUAAUGGCUGUCAUGUUUGUUUGGAACUAUGUGUUUCAGAGAAAGUACUAUUAUGAGCUUGACCACAAGAUCUCUCCAGAUAAGCUCAAAGAGAUAACAGCUGACACAAGCAUUUGUCGAAUACCUGGGCUAGCCAUGUUCUACUCCGAGCUUGUUCAAGGCAUCCCACCAAUCUUCAAGCACUAUGUGGAAAAUGUGCCUGCAUUGCACUCAGUCCUAGUGUUUGUCUCCAUUAAAUCACUCCCCAUAAGCAAGGUUCCGGUGGAAGAGCGUUUCCUUUUCCGUCAAGUAGAGCCUAAAGAGCUUAAUGUGUUUCGUUGUGUUGUGAGAUAUGGAUACACAGAUGUGCAUAACGAGCAAGAGUCGUUUGAGAAGAUAUUGAUUGAAAGGCUCAAGAACUUCGUUAGAGAUGAUUUUCUGUUUUUCCAGAGAAUGUUGGAUAACAAUGGUGAGAAGGAUAGAGAAAUAGUUGAUGAUGGAUUGGUAAAUGGCCAGGAGAAUGAAAAUGAGGCUGUGCAAAAUAAGCAAGAAGAGGCAGUUGAGAGAGAAAUUGAGGCUGUGGAUAAGGCAUGGCACGCAGGUAUUGUUCACUUAUUUGGUGAGACUGAGGUGGUCGCUAGCAAAGAAUCUGGUAUAGGCAAAAGAAUUGUUAUAGAUUAUGCUUACAAUUUCUUGAAGAGAAAUUUGAGACAGAGUGACGAAGUGUUUGAUAUUCCACACAAGCGUUUGUUGAAAGUGGGGAUGACUUAUGAGCUCUAAAGCAUAAAAUGAACGUGGGUAUGGCAUUGAUGAAUAUAGUGGAGUCAGAAAAUUGUUAUAUUAGGGCCGUCAAGAUCUCAAGAAGAACAUGAACUAAGGGUGUCCUGUGUAGAAACGAUCAUUAGAAACAAAAAGUGUGUAAA